AUGGGCAACGUGGUCACGCAAAGUUGCUGCCACGCACAUGCCAAGCUGCAUGUUAUUGACAAAAUGGUGAACAUCUUGCUGGGGUGCUUCUUGCCACUGGAGAAAGCAUGCACUGGCAAAACGGAGGAAGCACGCCUGGAACUUCUUUCAGAAUGCCGCAGGGCGCACACGAAGAUGAGCUCCUCCUACUCGGCGAACGUGCAGGGCAUCUGGAAACCCGAGGAAAGAGCUUUACCUCGUCGUCACGGAGAUGGUGGCCCGGUGCAAGUUUGUCUUCACACGCCCCUGCAGAGAGCUGCGGGUGAGGAUGUGCCUUUGAUCGUCUGGGCACAUGGAGGAUGCAUGACGCUGGGGGACCGGCACGAUGCCUGGGGCAGCUCAUUCAUGAAAGAGCUGGCAGCCAAGAUCGGUCCGUUUUGCUGGGCAUCUGUGGAGUACAGGCUGGCCCCAGAAAGCAAGUUCCCUUCUUUCGCUGACGAUUUUGCAUCUGCGUACGUGUCCUUGAUGGAUGCGACUCUGGCCCAAGAGUUCGGCUACAGCACGGAGCGCGUCAGCAUAAUGGGGGUGUCUGCUGGGGCUCUUGUUGUAGCGCAUGCAGCCCUUCGCCUGGAUGCAAAAUACAAGCCCUCUAUGGCUCUCUUGUAUCCCAUGGUCGACCCGGAGAUGCGUAGCAAGUCCCACGCGCUCUAUGGGCGCCUUCCGGCCUGCCCAUCCAGGUUCCUGCGUCUUAGCUGGGACUGGCUGCUGUCCGAGGAGGGGCAAGUAUCUGCCCGGCGCCUCGACGAGGCAAACCUUCUCACAUCAGACUGGAGGCCUCUGAGUGGGCGCAAGGCGUUUGUCCUGCUAGCACGCUACGACUGCCUCCACGAUGAGGGCCAAGCUUUGGCUCAGCAUUGCACUCAGGCAGGUCUCCGAGUGACCACCGUAGAGUCGCAAGGCUCUCACGCAGUGGCGAACAUGGUGGACAAGAAAUCACAGGUGCAAAUUUUCGAGUCUGUCUCCAAACUCCUGCGGUGA